AUGCACCCAACCAGCGCAUCGUGGUUACCGGAGACGCGUGGCAUCCCGCGCUUUGUAAACGUCUGGGGCGAGCCGUUCGAGUGGGAAGUCUUCAACGGCGAUUUGACGUGGCGUGCGACCUCGCGCCUCAGCCGAAACCAAUGCUUGGACGCGUACGAACCCUGGAACGGGGGCGCAGUCCACACGUAUUUUUGCGAAUCCGACAACGGCAACCAAAAAUGGCGCUAUGACCCGACGACGGGCCAGCUGCGCCACGCGACGCACACUGGCUUUUGCCUCGAUAUGUCGACGCCGGACUUCAACAUGGAGUUUGGUACGAGGCCGUACCUCUGGGAGUGCAACACCCCCGCCAAUGACUUGCAAAAGUUUACUUACGAAUCGCUGACCUUCCGCGACUAA